CGUCAAAAUUAUCAAUUGUCAAAUACGGACGGUUGUUUAGGUUAUGAUUUCGCAAUCGUUCACGAGAUGUUAUGUAGGAAAAUUAAAGAAUUUACCACUACUAAAUCGACAUUAAAAAGUACUGUCCUUUAUGGUUACCUUGUACCAUCUUAUUUAACACCGAAACGAUGCAUAUAUCGAGAUAUAUUCAGUACGUUAAAUAAAACCCACUGGCCGGGGAGAAAUAUGUCCUCUUUCAAAAUUAUCUGGAAAGAUUUAAGUGCUGCACGCCUAUGGAGUGUAUGGACGCGAGGUUACCUAAUAAGUAAUGUGGUUAGGAGGUGCAGAAGAGAGCGUGGAGUGAAAGAAGUACUCCAGUGCUUCCGACAUACAUUUUUGCGACCGCGGCGGACUCUACUACUAGCGGCGACGGCUGCGUACCACCGCGCAGACGACGAGGAACCGCCUGCCAGCUGCAAUACUAGCAUAACUGAUGACGAUUUAAAGGCGCUGCUGACCGAACUAGCCGGCGUGGAGGAGCUGUCGCGCCGCACGCUGUUCUGCGCGGGCUGCGGCCGCCGCCUUCUCAUCGACAAGAAGCACCCCGGAGUACACUACUGCACAUGUAACAAUGGCAGCCAGCAGCCGGAGUCCCUCGACGGCUGGGUGCCGUACAUGGAGGCGGAGGACGUCAUCAUUUGGCGGAAGGAGUACAAGCCUGGCCAGGGGCUCUACGCUUAUAAAGUGUACGGGCGGUACGGCGAGGUGGCGGCGGCGGACUUCGCGGCGGUGCAGGUGGACGGCGCGUACCGGCGGCAGUGGGACGCGGCCGUGGCCUCGCUGUCGGUGGUGGAGCGCCGCGCCAACGGGCUGCCCGACCAGGCCGUGCUGCACUGGGAGGUGCUGUGGCCGAGAUUGUUCGCGAACCGCGACUACGUGUACAUCAGACGGCACAAAGAGUACGAGGUGCGGUCGGCGUCGACGCCAGCGCCGCACAAAGACGGGCUGUUCGCUGCGCACGCGCACCCGCCCGCGCACCCGCCCGCGCACCCGCCCGCGCACCCGCCCGCGCACCCGCCCGUGCACCCGCCCGCGCACCCGCCCGCGCACCCGCCCGCCGACCCGCAGCGUGAGCCGCAGCGUACCCCGCAGCGUAACCCGCAGUACGACGAGCGGCCCAGCGUGCACUCCAACGCGAAAAGGAAAGCCAUGGAGGCGUACAAAGUACAGCAGGCGGAUAGCAUUGUCAAGGACAAUAAGGUGUAUGUGAUAAUAUCGCGGUCGUGCGAGCAUCCGAAGGUGCCGGUGAGCAAACACGCCAUCCGCGUCUCCGAGUACUGGAGCCACAUGGUCAUUAAGACCUUAAACGGUGCCGACAAGGUGGGUAUGGAGUUCGUGCUGACGUACUACGACGAGCCGGCGGUGGGCGGACUGCCGCAUGGCGUGGCGACGUGGGCCACGGGCCGCGCCGCGCCCGCCUACCUGCAGCGCAUGCGCGCCGCCGCGCACCACUACCGCACCGCGCGCGCGCAGUCACACGAGGAGUUGCCUGACUUCACGCCGUUCGAUCCUAGUCCCACAAACGUGUCCAAUGAAGAGGACGACAAGUCCGUCGGCGUCAGCGAGGAAGACAUGGAGUCUUCGAAACAAGGGCCGGAGUUGAACGGCAACGGCAAGGUCCCGGAGACCAGCACGCACCACCAGGGCACGCAGACCGACGAGCAAGAUAGCUCUCCGCCAGAGGUCAAGGUCAAGGUCACAAAGCUCAAGGACACCGGCAUCGGCACCGACGCACUUACCAGUGAAAUGAGGGGCUUCUCAUCCACGCUUGAAGAGGACAGCAAGCCGUCAGACGAGAGCAACGGUGGCUGGUGGCGGUAUCUCUAUCCGUUCUAUUACUUCGUAUGAAACUAGCUCACGUCAUAGGACUCGCGCCCGGCCAAAUGUUAUAUUUAUACCCCCUUAUUCAUAAACGUUAUUUAUCUAAGGACGGAGCAUUACAGUGAUAACAAGGCUGUUUCUCAGUGCUGACGACAUGGCAGCCUCCGCAGUGCCUACGCGUUGAUAUAGGGCCGUUGUGAUUGGCUAAUAUUGAAAUACAACUUUAAUCUAGUUGGCUGUCAGAUAAACAAAGCUGAACAAACAGCAAGCCGUCAGAUAAACUAAUCUGACAAACCGACUUUUUAUCACAGCAAUGUUCCGUCCUUAGAUAUAUACGUUUAUGAAUAAGGGGGAUGAUAUUUUUAAGACUUUUACAAUGUUGUUAACUCCUGACAAUUGCCAGUAACGUCGUGUCCACGUCUCAAAUGGUUCACUUAGAAGCCAGACAUGCGCAGGAGGUUUGGAUAUCUUUCCAUUCAAUUUUAUGAGAUUUGUGCAAUAAGUUAUACGCUAUAUGACUAUUUUGCACGAGGCUUAGUUCAAAAUCACGCUGGUCGUGGUUUGAUAUGCGUUGAGGGUUGUAAACUAAUAAAGAGCAACUUCGUUUAUUUGCUCUUUAAGUUUAGUGUUAGUUCUCAAAGAAUAAGGGUCCGUUAAAUGACAAUAUCAUUAAGAAGUAUAUUUAGGUUGCCCGGUUGGUAACGGCUUGGCUGUGCCUCUGGCAUUGCAAAGUCCAUGCGGUGAAUGCUGCUUAUUAUCAGGCGGACUGCUUGUUCGUUUGCUUACAAAGGCAAUAAAAAAGAAAACUAUUCUGAUCUUUAUUUCCACCAUAUAGGGUGAAAAUGAGUUUGGUUUCAUUUAUUAACGCAAUUUCAAAUUACUUCAUUUAAGGCUAGAUCUACGGGUUAUAAUUUUACCAAUGAUUGAAUAAAGAUUUGGACUUAUAUUGUAAACGCUUUGGUACCACAAAGCCAUUGAUUGUACAUUUGGCCGUGAAACUUAUUGCUGUGAGCUAAGCCGUUUACCCCAAUCAAGUUACAAUUAUAAUUCUAAACCUAUCAUGAAUCGGUUGGAUUUUUUUUAACAUUGCCCGGCAAAGUGGCUUCUCUGCACCUGAUUUUAAGCGAAAUAAAGCCUAUAAAAUAUGUAAUUAUUCUCGCGGACCUGUUUAAAACCUCGCGUUUAAAAUUGUUAAUACUUUUAGAUCGCGUCAAAUAUUGGGAGUCACACGUUCGCGUCAAAAACGCAAUGCAAACAUCGUGCACGCGUGUGCGCAUGAGUUUAUCACGUGAUCAGCGCGAUACGACUCAUGUACACGUCUGACGCUAGUUUCAAGACCGUAGCUAGAUUUUAGUAUGGGGAGGGGAUAAAAAAAGCAGCAAAAAUGUGCUUUAAAUGCUUUUCAUAUUCAUUUGAAUAAAAUAAGAUAUUGUCAAUCUUUAAAAGACUAAUUCAAAGCAAUUGUUAGUGGAACAAACUUUAUUCUUAGGGAGAUGAACCCCCUAAACACCCCCCCCCCCCUAGGAUUUGAUGCUCGAAAGUCAACUUUACACUAUAUGUAGUUAUAAAUUAUGUAAUAAGUAUGAAGCAUGUUUUUUAUUACAUAUAUUAUGACUGUUGAACAAAAUACAUGCACAAAUAUAAAUACAAUUUUAUGUUGUUAUGUCGUACAUAACCUGCUACCGUGGUUACAGCGCUGCAAUGACGUGAGUUCGGUUCCUGGAGAGGAAGUGACCACGCUUAGCAGGAGCAUUAAGAUAUCUUGGAGAGCAUGUUAGGCCCAAGUAAGAAACCCUUUAGGUUCGACUGAAACUAUCGACUCCAAACUGCCCACUAGUCAAUAAUAUUUUAUGUUUUCCUGAUGAUUGUCGGAACUGUACGUGGUACAAAAAUGUAAUAUCCUUUUAAAAUAUUCAAUAUAUAGUAUGAACUACAUCAUAAGUUCUAAUAUGCAAAUGUGCUAUACGAAUGAAUUAAAUGGUACAAUAAUGAAAGAGAUAGUCAACAAUUAAUUUCAAAAAGUUAGUAAGAAAGCAAUACACUGAUUUUAAAUCUCGUUUGAAUAUUCAACAAUAUAAAUGAAUAACUAUAUCGGUUAUAAUCAAUACAAAUAAUUUAAUAUUUAAAUGUACACAACAAUGUAAAACCUCUACUUAGUGCGCGGAAAGAGAACUGACGUGGAAUUUGCGAGUGCCGCCAUGUUUUAUAUUUAUAACUCACUAUCAUGGGCUUAGAUUCGUUUCAGGUGGGGCAUCUGCACCUAUGCAUUAUACUACAUAGUUUAAUGCGUACUAGUUUUUUUUUAUUUUUUAUUCAAAUCGCUCGUGAUUUUGAAAAUGCUCUAUCAUUAAAAAAACCUUUGUGGUGAAUAAUUCACAUCGUUGCAAAUUUACUCAGCAACUUAUAUUUUUUGUGAUUUAUUUAUGGUCAGGGGACACGUGCAUCUACUUGUAUCCCCUACUGGCGCCCAUGCUCACUACCUUGCUACUCUCAGCUCCGCUCGCGUCAAAGUAAAUUGCCAAAAUGUCCCGGCUUGCUUAUUUACUAUUGCAAUCCGGUUAAUGAGGCAAACUGCUCUCUGAGUAAUGGUUGGACCUCAUGAAGUCAGAAUUUUGACCAAGACAGUUCUCGUUCCGCGAUCACAAAUAAUAGCUCAUAAGUAUAGGAUUACUACUCGCAUAAAAAGGUUUGCGUAAGGAUUGUAGUUGGUUAUGAUGAAGAAAUUGCGCCUAAAGUAUAAGGUACUUGCAAAAUGGAAUAGUAAAAAAACAACUAAAAAUAAGGCGUACUGCGCUUUGCUCAGCGUGAGAAAAUUGCAGAAACAAGGUUAAAAUUAUUAGUCUUUCCAGCAAGCCUGGGUUCUCUAACGAUUUUCCAUGUAGGAAUAAUGUGACGUGCAAGAAAAAGCAAUGGCUUCUUGUUCUUAUAGUCUUCGAGACUUCGGGAGUAGUUGAAGAUUAAUGUCAAUUGUUGUUUUUAUGUAUAGUUAUUGUAAAUAGUUUGUUAUGGCGAAUCGAUGUGCUUAAUGUUUUAAACAUAGUGCCAGUUAUUUCGAAACCAAAUUUUAUGUACUGAUGUAGACUCAAUGCUUACUUAGGAAGGUCUCCCAUGAUCGCACAAAUAAGAUGCCGCUGCAGCCGUCCAGCUCGUAAAUGUUCCUUACCUCUAAUACUUUGUAAGAUUUAGGAUAGCUUCGUGACAGCUGUCAUUGUAAACACGCCUAUCAAACUUCGUAUUUUUGAAGGUUACAAUAUGUGCGAUAAAUAUCAUACUUUAUUAGUGCAAUUGCAGUAAUAGUGAUGUUCAUAACCAUCGAUUGUAAGUUAUCGAUUUAACAAACAGUAUAAAUCCAAUAGAAAUAGUUAAUUUAUUAAAAAUAUACGUGUACUGCAUUAAAACACCUUUUAACGAAAAACAUAUUACUGUUGAUUAAUUUCUUUGAAAUAUUGUUAAUUACGUUUUGUUACAUGCUAGGGUUCUAGAUAGACAAUGUCAAUACCGAUUGUACUUGAAAAAAAAUAAACGGUUUUAUUACCACCAAAAUACUAAAUAAAAACGCUAAAACACAACACGUGAAUCAACACUACAACACUAAAGCACUCAAGUAUACUUAAUCACACUCACUACGCAGUUAUACAGUAUUCACGGUAUUAACUUCGAAGUCGCUUGUAGUACGGAUAUCGCUUUGGAUCGCGUCAAAAACAAGACUGUCUGGCGGCGGCCGCGCGCUCUCCUGUUAUACCCAGCCGCAUGCACAAUGGAUGUCUGUGAAACAUUCUCGAAAGAUCCGGAAUGGUCGGGAACUCUCUAGUAAAAUUGAGAUCCGUUAUCGAGUUUCCACACCAUUUUGGAAACAUCGUGAACUUUCGAGAACGAUCCAUCGCUGAACCUUCCACAUUCGUGUAGGCGCUAUUAAUGACCAUUGUCAAUAGGUGAAUUUACAGUACUGUUAAUAGUUUAAUAGAUAAAAAAUUCAACAAUAAUCCUUACUACUCAUCUUUUUUUAAUAUGCCCCUUCCAGACCGGUAUUUAUGCAGCUGUCAUAGGGCUCAUCCUAAAUUUUACAAAGUAUACUAGCGCUGGCGUUAGAUCCAGGUAAAUAGUGAAUACAAGCUGAUGAUCUUGACAUUACAUUCUGAUAAUGUGAAACUUGUUACGUUGUGGCUAUUUCCAUUUCCCUGAUGAUGAAGUAAAGUGAAUGCAUGUCGCAUGGCCUGAGGGUCCAGGGCGGCCGCACCAAGCCCCCCCACCCCUUACCUUAGUUUAAAGCCGGUGCUGUUUCUGAGCUUCCUCAUGGUGCUGUAACGCGUACUCCAAACACUGCUUACGCGGCUAACAUACCUAUUUUAAGUAUAUCAAUUUUAACGCACAAUUUAAUACUGAAAGUAAUAAUUAUAAUUAUUUUUGUUUAUUAUUUCUCGUAGAACAAUCUUCUAUUGGUCUACUGGUUGUUUAUUUAAGCCAUAGUUGACAAACAGAUGCGUUUUAAGUUUUAAAGAUCAGAGAGAUUUAAAUUUAUGCCGUUAUUGGAAUAGGGUUCUUAUGCUAUUUGGCCGUGGAUCGGAAAUGAGUUUGGCUCUUACGGCUGCAGUAGUUGCACCUCUACGCACCCCUUAGGGGACAGGCGUGAAUUUAUAUAAUUAUUUUAAUAACUCGUGACUCCACAUGAGUUAAUGGAUUAAUUUGGCACUGACAAAAUAUUUUAUAUCAAGUUUUUGACAGUUUUGGUGUAUAGCAAAAAUGAAUUGUUUUGUAUAUAAGAUAAUGAUUGUUAAAAUAUAUUGUAAAAGAUAUAUGUGUAGAUAGAUAUGAGAUUAGAAAUAUUAUAUGAUUUUUGAGGA